CCUUCAUCAUUUCCCACAUCAUCCCUUCCCUCCGGCGUGCCCUCCCGUCAUGAUUCCCUCGUUCCUCCUCCCUCCGCCCCACUCUUUCCCGCCCGUGCCCUACCCUCCCCUCCUCUUUUCGUCCCGUCGCCCUUCCUCUAUCCCCUUCUCCCUCUCCCUUCUCCGCCCUUCCUCGUCUUCUCCUUGCGUCCUCAUUCUCCUCGACUUCUCAUUCCCCUCGCUUCCCCAUUCUCCCCGCCUCCGUUUUCUCAUCCUCGCUUCCUUAUUCCCUGUCUUGCUCCCUUAUUUUCCUCAACCCCCUCCCCAGCGUCCUUUCCUCUCUUGCACAGCAUAUCCUUCAUUCAUUACUGCCUCGUCCUCUCAUCCUCUCUCGGCGCUCCCCCCCCUCCUAUCGCGGGCUCCGCCGCACCCCCGUUACCAAACCCUUUAUCAAGUUGGUCCAACGGAGAGCUGGCGGAGGCCCAAGGGUAUUGACUCGCGCGUUCGGCGCAAGUUCAAGGGCACGCCGCUGAUGCCCAACAUCGGUUACGGCAGCAACAAGAACACCCGGCACAUGCUGCGCAGCGGGUUCCAGGUGUUCCGCGUGCACAACGAGAGGGACGUGGAGCUCCUGCUCAUGCACAACAGGAAGUACGUGGCUCAGAUCGCCUCUGCCGUCUCAACGCGCAAGCGCAAGGCUAUCGUAGAGAGGGCGCAGCAGCUGGAUGUUAAGGUGAUCAACGGCAACGCUCGCCUGCGCAGCACUGAGGACGAAUAG